UGGGUGAAUUUGGGCAUGUGGGUCUCUUCCAUUAUUCUUACUUUAAUUUUCUUAAAGCUAAAAUCUCUACCGUUCAUUUCUUCUAUAUAUAUGGAUAUUCUCAUGCCUCCUAUUAAUUGUAAUCCGAAGUACCAUCUUCUAUUAUAUAUAUCCUUCUUAGCUUCCUUCAACUUACUCUUCAUCAAUCUUCUCAUUCUCAAAGACCUACCUCAUCAUUCUUUAUCAAUGGCUAUUGGUGGGGUGACCAAGAAGAAAACAAUGAAGAAAGAGCAAGAUGAUGUGUACACAAUGGAUGGAACAGUAGACUGCAGAGGCCAUCCUGCCAACCGCCAAGAGACUGGAAAAUGGUUUGCAAGCAAUAUUAUUCUUGUAAAUCAAGGAUUGGCUACCUUGGCAUUUUUCGGUGUUGGAGUGAACUUGGUACUAUUCUUGACAAGAGUGCUUGGGGAAAACAAUGCUGAUGCUGCAAACGCUGUCAGCAAAUGGACUGGAACCGUCUACAUCUUCUCCCUUGUUGGUGCCUUCCUUAGUGAUGCAUACUGGGGAAGAUUCAAGACUUGUGCAAUCUUUCAGAUAAUAUUCGUCAUGGGUUUGGCUUCGCUUUCUUUAUCCACAUAUCUGUUCCUGCUGAGACCAAAAGGUUGUGGAGAUAGAAUCACUCCAUGUGGGAAACACUCAAACAUGGAGAAGGGACUGUUUUACCUCUCUAUUUACCUUGUGGCCUUGGGAUAUGGAGGAUAUCAACCGAACAUAGCAACAUUUGGGGCAGAUCAGUUUGAUGAAGACUAUCAGAAGGAAUCACACGCAAAGGUGGCUUUUUUCAGCUACUUCUACCUAGCAAUGAAUCUUGGCUCACUCUUCUCCAACACUUUAUUGGGAUACUUUGAAGAUGAAGGGAUGUGGGCUCUAGGAUUCUGGGCAUCAGCUGCCUCUGCCUUUCUGGCACUCGUUUUAUUCCUUGCCAGAACACCAAAAUACCGACAUUUCAAGGCCACAGGCAACCCCCUUUCAAGGCUAAGCCAAGUUCUUAUUGCUGCAAUCAGGAAAUGGAGGACUGAUAUGCCAGAAGGAGAGGGACUGUACGAAGCAGAAGAAAAGGAAUGUUCCACAGAAGGAAGCAGAAAGCUGCUCCAUAGUGAAGGUUUCAAAUUCUUAGACAAAGCAGCAUAUAUUAAAUCUGGGGAUUUCUACAACCAGGAGCAAGGUCUUCGAAACCCAUGGCGUCUUUGCCCCAUAACACAAGUUGAGGAAGUGAAGUGCAUAUUAAGACUACUUCCCAUAUGGUUGUGCACCAUAAUCUACUCAGUAGUGUUUACUCAAAUGGCAUCACUUUUCGUUGAGCAGGGUGCUGCUAUGAAAACUACUGUCUCAAACUUUAGAAUCCCAGCUGCAAGCAUGUCCAGCUUCGACAUUCUCAGUGUUGUAGUUUUCGUUUUCUUCUAUAGAAGAGUUCUUGAUCCACUAAUGAGCAGAUUGAGGAAGACAGAGUCUGGUGGCCUAACCGAGUUGCACAGAAUGGGUAUUGGUCUAAUUAUAGCAGUAAUGGCAAUGGUCUCAGCAGGAAUUGUGGAAUGUUAUAGACUCAAAUAUGCCAUAAAGGAUUGCCCUCAUUGUAAGGCACCAAACCCUAGCACACUGAGCAUUUUCUGGCAAAUUCCACAGUAUGUGUUCAUCGGAGCAUCUGAAGUUUUCAUGUAUGUUGGUCAACUGGAGUUUUUCAAUGCCCAAGCACCUGAUGGACUAAAGAGUUUCGGAAGUGCUCUGUGUAUGACAUCGAUCUCAUUGGGAAACUAUGUGAGCAGCUUAAUCGUCUCAAUAGUUAUGAAAAUCUCAACAGAGGAUCAUAUGCCGGGGUGGAUACCAGGGAAUCUCAACAAGGGUCAUUUAGACAGGUUUUACUUCCUAUUAGCAGCUCUCACAACAAUAGACUUUGUUGUCUAUAUCUUAUGUGCAAGAUCUUACAAACGCAUCAAGAUGGAAGGAAAAUCUGGCGAAGAACAUGGUCAAAUCAGUUAUGAUGUUUGAUGUCUUCAACAAGGUUUGCAUAGUAAGGCCUUUAUGCUUUGCUUGAAUAAGAGGUAGUGUCCAUACACCUUGAAGAUGAUUUCUAGGGGAUGAGAGAGGGGAAGAUCAUUUGACGAAAGUAACAGGAACAUUAGAACUUGUCACUCGUACCUAUGAAUGAUUGAACGAUAACAUUGAAUCACUGUAUUCUCCUAAAGAGCCAGGAUUGAGCAACAAGUUCAAGGGAAUUGCUGUUUUAGCUCUUUCAACUGAAUGCUCAUCUGUGGGCUCUAAUUGUAGGGACUGAGCUAUGUAUUUCAAUUGUACUAAUCAAUUGUGCUAAUAGACGGCCCGUUUUCUAAUG